AUGCUUUAUUGUCAAGAUCACUUAAAUAUUCGUCACUAUCAAAGACCCCCGAUUGAAGAGGAAUUAAAGGGGGAAGAGUCUAAAUGUGGUAAUCUGUCCCUAUUAAAUUUAAAAAAUGAAAAAGAAGAAAAAGGGUUGUUUAACCCCAUAAAGAAGACAACAACCACCUUUGAAAAUUUAGAAAAAAAUUUGUUAAAAAAUGAAAAUGGAGGAGUUAAACGAUAUUAUAAUAACAAUAAUAAAUGUAUUUCAAGUAAAUAUUCUUUUAAAAAUAUUUUUGAUGAUGAUUAA